AUGGUGGUGUGCAAUAACAGUGAUGCUGUGGAGCCCGUAUUUAUCCUGCGGGGUCUUCCCGGACUAGACCAUUUUCAUUCUUGGCUCUCAAUCCCAUUCUGUCUCACGUAUUUGGUAGCAUUUAUUGGUAAUAUUGCCAUCCUCUCUGUCAUUUGGAUAGAGUCUUCACUCCAUCAACCCAUGUAUUACUUCAUUUCCAUUCUGGCACUAACUGACCUGGGUAUGUCCCUGUCCACACUUCCCACCAUGCUUUCCGUGUUAUGGUUGGAUGCUCGGGAGAUCCAGGCAAGCGCUUGCUAUGCUCAGCUGUUCUUCAUCCACACAUUCACAUUCCUGGAGUCCUCUGUGCUGCUGGCCAUGGCUUUUGACCGUUUUGUUGCUAUCUGCCGUCCCCUGCACUACCCCACCAUCCUCACCAACAGUGCAAUUGGCAAGAUUGGUUUGGCCUGCUUGCUCCGAAGUACGGGCGUUGUACUGCCCACACCUUUGCUACUGAGGCGCUAUCACUACUGUCAUGUCAACGCCCUCUCCCAUGCUUUUUGCUUGCACCAGGAUGUUCUUAAAUUAUCAUGUUCAGAUGCCAAGAUCAACAGCCUUUACGGACUGUGUGUAGUCAUUGUCACACUGGGAGUGGAUUCAGUCUUCAUACUUCUUUCUUAUAUUCUGAUUCUGAAUGCUGUGCUGGGUAUUGCAUCUCGUGAAGAGCGGCUAAAGGCACUCAACACGUGUGUAUCCCACAUCUGUGUGGUGCUCAUCUUCUUUGUACCGGUUAUUGGGGUGUCAAUGGUCCAUCGCUUUGGGAAGCACCUUUCUCCUAUAGUCCAUGUCCUUAUGGCUGACAUCUACCUGCUUCUCCCCCCAGUACUUAACCCUGUUGUCUACAGUGUCAGGACAAAGCAGAUUCGUGUAGGAAUUCUCAGAAAGUUUGGAAUGGGAAGGAGGGUUUAA